GGCGGAGAGGAUUUUCUCUUCCCUAGAUUCAUUACGACGUCGGGGGACGGCUGAGCUCAGGUGUGAAUAAGGCGAUGGGUAGAAUUGCAAAAAGAACGAGGGCUGCCCAGGAUGUUGCCCCACCGCAGCCGCCAGCGGAAGCCGUGUGUGAUGACGGAAGAAAGACAGAGUCGGACGUGGAAGAUCAUGGGGACAGUGAUGAGGACGGACUGGAAUUGUCUUCCGACGAGAGUGUAGACACCGGCGACGAAGACGAACACGAUUCUGGAGACAGCAGUGGCGAUGAAAGGGGUGAUGCAUCGUCGUCGGGAGAGAGUGAGGAGGAGAGAGAAGGCGGCGGGAAAGGUGAUCUUUCUGCAGAAGAGAGGGAGAGGGAGAGGGAGAGCGAGAGCGAGAGCGACGUGGAAGAACCUGACGACGAAAAGGACGGAUUGGACGUUGAUGUCCGAGACGCUGUGGAAACGUAUUGGCGAGCGAGGGAGCGGCGAGCGGGAACUGAUGUGGGAGGUGGGAGAGGAGAGGUUGAUGGAGACCGGGGGAUCGACGAUAAUGAGGAGGAAGAGGAGGCAGGAAAAGGAGAUCCCGUGCCACAUGUACAGGAGAGCGAUUCGUCCGAAGAUGAGAGGCCUUCGAGAAACACGAUUGGCAAUGUGCCACUUGAAUGGUACAAGGACGAGGAACAUAUCGGCUACGACAGGGAGGGGAAGAAGAUCAUCAAGCAGCAGCGCAAGGAUCAAUUGGAUACGUUUCUGGAUCGAGCAGACGACCCCAAGAGCUGGAGGAAAGUGUACGACGAAUACAACGACGAGGAGAUUACACUAACCAAAGAGGAAAUCAGAAUCAUUAACCGCAUCCGGAAGGGCAAGAUUCCGCACGCAGAGGUCAAUCCGUACGAGCCGUACGUUGAUUGGUUCGACUACAAGGAUGGCAUCCAUCCUUUGUCGAACAUGCCCGAGCCUAAGCGGCGUUUCAUCCCAUCGAAAUGGGAGGCGAAGGCGGUGGUGAAGUUGGUAAGGGCGAUCCGGAAGGGCUGGAUCAAGGAGCAGAAGCCGAAAGAAGCGCCCAAGUACUAUCUUCUUUGGGAAGAUGAUGUCCAGGUGUCCUCAAAGACUGUCAACGGACUUGCCUACAUUCCUCCUCCCAAGAACAAGCCUCCAGGCCACGAGGAAUCGUACAACCCACCACUCGAAUACCUCCCCACCGAAGAAGAGCGUAAUGCGUACGAGCUGAUGGACGACGAGGACCGACCCAAGUUCAUUCCUGCAAGGUUCGAUUCAAUGCGUCUGGUCCCGUCGUACGGCAACUUCAUCAAGGAGCGCUUCGAGAGGUGUCUAGAUCUGUACCUCUGCCCGAGGGCUCGCAAGAAGAGGUUGAAUAUCGAUCCCAAGACGCUUAUCCCGAAGCUGCCGAAGCCUAAGGAUUUACAGCCGUUCCCAACACAACUGUUCCUGGAGUUUUUGGGACAUAAAGCUGCGGUGUCAGCGAUCUGCACCGAUCCAUCAGGUCAGUGGAUGGCCUCUGGGUCCAGGGACGGGACCGUCCGGAUCUGGGAGGUGCAGACAGGAAGGUGUAGAAGAGUGUGCGACCUGGGCGGCGAAGUGCGGCACGUGGCAUGGAACCCUAAUCCCAGCUUGCCCAUCCUUUCCGUGUCUAUCGGCAAUUUCCUGCUGCUGAUGAACUCCGGAACAGGAAGCAAAGAGGUCUCCGAAAGCGUAGAUAAGCUCUUGACGCUAGUUGACAAGCCACCUCCACGGAGAAGUAUGGAGAACGACGACGAAGGAGGUGAGGGAGGAGGAAAGGACUCUGCCGCUGCCGCCGCCGCCGCCGCCAGCUUCGUUGAAUGGGAGCGAUUGGACCUCGGCGGAGGGGUGGAAGGCCAAGCGUUGCAGAUUGUGCACAAGUACCCUGUUCGAUCCUCGUCGUGGCAUCACAAGGGGGAUUACUUCUCCACCGUGGCCCCCGAUGGAUUGUCGAGAUCCGUAAUGGUGCACCAGCUGUCUAAGCAACAGACGCAGAACCCUUUUAAGAAGAACCAGGGGCGCGUGGCUCGCGUGCUGUUCCAUCCUACGCGGCCUUUCUUCUUCGUUGCGACCAAGACUCAUGUGCGGAUUUACAACCUGGUUAAGCAGCAGUUAGCGAAGAAGUUAAUCACGGGAGUGCAGUCCAUAUCGUCCAUGGAUGUGCAUCCCGGAGGGGACAACCUGAUCAUCGGAAGCGAAGAUACCAAACUCUGUUGGUUCGACAUGGAUCUGUCUACCAAACCCUAUCGCACGCUUAGGUACCACAAGGAUGCGAUCCGAUCUGUCGCGUUUCAUCGGCGAUAUCCUCUUUUCGCUUCCUGUGGCGACGAUGGCUCGGCGCAUGUCUUUCAUGGCAUGGUUUAUUCAGACUUGCUCCAGAACCCGCUCAUCGUGCCCGUUAAGAUCUUGAAGGGCCAUGGGAUUGUCAAUGGCCAGGGUGUCAUGGACUGCGUGUUCCAUCCAACGCAACCAUGGCUCUUCACGGCCGCGGCAGACAACGCAAUCAGGCUCUUCUGCAACUAGACUAGACAAGACAUCCUUCGUCGUUCGUCUUUGGGAAACCUACAUAUCACCGAGAACUGUCAUGCGGCGAGGUAGUAAUGAGGUAGCAGUGCGGUAGUGGUGCUGCAUUCCUUAUUGUCGGGAUUAACGAGUGCCGUUGGUUGGUGUUCAGUGGAGCAGCGUGGGGUGAUUGCGAGCACGCAAGGAGACAUGAGAAUGGAGAGAGAGCAUCCAUACUUCUAUCAUCGAUGCGGUGAUUGCGGUAUUUGUGCAACGACCGGUCCUGGGUUUAGGGUUUAGGGCAUGAGAUUAAAUCCCUGGACCGAAGAAGAACACAACGAUCGGGAUUAGUUCCAUAAGUGAAGAGAUGGUGACUUCUCGUGGCACACGAUGUAGAAAGGGCCACGCGCGCAUCAUGUCGGCGUGGAUUUAUGCAGUACCCUCCAUUAUUAUUACGCAAUUUCGUGUUUGUGUGUUAGCGAGGUGGCCUAGGAUCAACAGAGGUGAGGGGGGAAAGGGAAUGAAGAGGAAGGGGUUAACAUGAAUGAACGUCGCAGUGGUUCUGAGUGCUAAUCAUUGUGGGUCAUCCAGUUGCGAACGCUAUUACGCAUUCUAGGAGGGGUUGCGUGCAUUUUUCUCGUUGUUUUUUUUCUUUUCCCUGUUUUUUGGGGGUACCUGGACUCACUUGGAGGAGAAGAAAGCAGACAUAGUAGAAAGUUGAGGAGUAAGUGUGGCUGCUGCGGAGAGAGAGGGACAUAUGCAAGAGAGACAGAGAGAGACAGAGAGAGACAGAGAGAGAGAAAGGCGCAAUUUUGAAGAGGCAUUUUUUGCAUACCAUGUAGGGGAUUGCUGUUUAUUUCGAUGCCAUGUAAAGAGUCGGAUAAGCCCGAGAGAGUAGACAGCAGGUCUCAGAGGAGUGGAGUCUGAAGACCUGUGAGCAACCGGUGUGUGUGUGUGUGUGUGUGUGUGUGUGUGUGUGUGUGUGUGUGUGUGAGAGAGAGAGAGAGAGAGAGUUGGAUGGAGGGCUCUGUGAAUUCUCAAGUUUCGUGUUUUGACUACGUGUCAUUGACCAGAGGUGAUGACCUGAGAUAGGCAGUAGGAAAGAGGGCUGAAAGGAAGGUCGAGCAAGGACCUACUUUGUGUGUUUGUAUGCCCUUUAUUUUUUGCGCCACUGUUUGCAACUGUUAUUUGUAUUUGCGUGGGUGUUCGUGUGCAGGGUGCUUGCAUGCUUUUCUAAGACGCCCAAGCACACUGUCUGCCUGCACGAGCGUGUGUGUGUGUGCAUGUGUGCGUGCGUGUGCAUGUGUGUGUGUGUGUGUGUGUGUGUGUGUGUGUGUGUGUGUGUGUGUGUGUGUGUGUGAUGUGGUAUUGGUAAUGGAGAAACCUGUCAGAAUUUCAUCUCCCAUUUCCUGUCUCCUCUUCUAGUGUACUACUAGUAAAUGCAUACGAAUGAG